UAUGUUUAUUAUGUAAGCUAUAAAAUAUUUGUCAUAAUCGUUGCCAUUUUGCCACCUUUUCUCCAACAGCACUCACUCUGCCGAAAACAGUUUACAAAAUCACCUUCUUUAUUACUUCCAACCCCUCAGCCUGAAAAUGUCGUCCACGGAGGAAGGAGGCGGCGCCGUCGGAGCAGUUUCCACUGAUCAAACAAUCAUCGACAACAACGAUUCCACGAGCAUUGAUAUGGACGACCCUCUCAGCGAUGGCGAAGUAGCGCAUCUCCGGUCAUUAGACAAACCUUUCUACGGCGGCCAACCCAACUUCACUGCCAAACCAUUGAUACGAAAAGUCCCAUCAACCCUUCGCCGCAACGAAGAUUUCAGGAAGUAUUUCACGCCGAAAGUGAUCUCAAUCGGCCCACUCCACCACGAUUAUCUCACCCUCCCUGAAUCCAAGGAGCUCAAGCUCAAAUUAGCAGAACAUUUCGUCAAAAAAAAUGGCGUCGAUAAGGAAUCCUUGUACAGAAACAUUAAGAAAGAGAUGGAUGGCUUGAAGGAAUGCUAUGAUCCACAGGAAUUAGAGAAUUAUAGCGACGACAACAAGGAACUGGCUUGGAUGUUCUUCGUUGACGGUUGCGCAAUUAUACAAGCAGUUUACAUGCGUUACGGUAAUGAUGAUGAUGAUGAUGGUAAAUUGUUUAUUAAAAACGAUUUGCUGACAUUUGUGUACUCGGAUCUGUUCUUGUUGGAAAACUAAUUACCUUUUCGUGUUCUUGAAUUGCUUACAAGCCCGAAAAAAGAUGGCGAAAAGUUCAUGAAUGCAAUCCAAAGGUUCAUCGACGAUACUGUUAUCAACCCAGGCGAGGACAGUGGAUGGUGGUGGAAGCAGCAAAAAGGAGGAGAGCGAAUUCACUUAUUGCAUUUACUACGAGAAAUACUCGUUUUCAGAAAAGGAAAACCAUCGUGGUGGGCUUUGGGGUUUUUAAUUGAACACAGAUUUAGCAAAGAAGCAAGAACAAAACGGCACAGCUUUCGUAACAUAAAAGAGCUUACAAAGGCCUGGAUAUGGUUAAAAGCAAGCGAAACAAGUUGUUUAACCGACAUCAGUUUCAAACAUAUCUUCUUCGUCGGGAAAUUACGGUUACCGCCGAUCUCCGUCGAUGAUUCAACCAUGAAAUUAAUAGCUUACGAAAUAUGUCCGGAUUUCGGCAACGAUUUCACCGUCACUUCAUAUAUGUGUUUCCUUGAUUCACUGAUCGAUGGAGCCGAAGAUGUUAAAGAACUGAGCGAUGCCGGCAUACUAUACAAUGGAUUGGGGAGUGAUAAAGUGGUGGCUAAGCUUUUCAAUAAGAUGAACACUGAUUUGAUUCCUAAUCCGAUGAUUUACAGUGCGGUUAAACAUCAAAUAGAUAAUCAUUGUAAGAAUAUGUGGAUUAAUCAUGCAGCUCAAGCAUAUAAUACUUAUUUUAGUAUUCGUUGGACGUUUUUGGCAUUUGUGGGUGCCAUUGCUUCACUUUUUCUUAGUGCUUUGCAGACUUAUUAUACCAUACAUCAAAGAAAGUAAGUGUUUUUUACUUGUCUUUUUGUAAACUCUUGUUAUUUAUGAGAAUUUUGUAACUUCUGGAUUUUCGAUUAAUCUAUUUAAUUUGUUUAGGAGAA